AUGGAAACUUUUGAAGUUCGUUCCAAGUCGUUCACCAUAAAGUGGGUGGACGCUCCUGACAACUCUGUCAUUCGUUGGGAAUUGAAGCCUCUGAAGAGAUCUAUUAAUCUUGGUAUAUACAGACACAACAAGCCUGAGCCUCCUACUACUGCCAGUUCCAGUCAGUCUCGUGACAGAUCUGUCACCGAAUUGUCUAAUGAGAGCACCGGAUCCUUGUCGACCCAUGCUGUGGACAGCGUUACCGACAAUAAUGCUGCGGAUUCCUUUAGUAUGUCUGAAAAUUUGAGUGUCGAUACCGUGAAUCGAGUCCCUCGGAAGAUGUUUAAUGCCAUGCAUGAGAACUUUUUUAGUUCCGAUCCCAUGGCUGCUACGGCGUCUAACCCCGCCAUUGCAAUCACCCGUGCAGCAACUAGUACUGCAAUGACUUCGUUGACGACCAUAUCCGCGCUGUCCAAUACACAGAAUGGAGCAGUCGAUGGUGAUAGCGCCAACAAACCUACCAUCUCCUCGAAAAGGAAGUCCUCCAGCGCCUCGCUUGCCUCAAAGAAUCGUUUGAGACGAAGAGCAUCUAGUCGGUCAAGUAUCCGAAGCAACGACGGCACGGACUCCAAUCUCGAUGAACACAUUGAUCAUCAUUUGAUCAGGGAGAAGUGGGUGGGGCGAUGCGCCGGUGAUGAAUUUGUCAGUGAUGCUUUUCAUGUGACCUCUGGAGGUUUGUUUGCAUUUGUCUUUGACAACACCUUCAGCAGAACUAAGGCCAAAAAAGUAAUGUUUGGCCAGUGGGUUGAGUCUGAAAAAAGGAGCAACAGAUCUUUCAAAAAUGACUUUGGCGUUGUACCUACUCCGGCAGCAGUUGCUGACCUUUCUAUCGACAGUUUAUCAAGCUCUAUUCAUCCGGCUACUUCUGUGUCAUCUCGGGACCAGCAGCAGGCUUUGGAAGAUGCUGAAACGACUCUCGAUUCUCCUAUCUCUGUUCAUACUCGAAAACUUCGCUUCCAACUCCCUGAAGAGAAACAACUUGGUAAGAAUACAUUUAUGAUCCGUUUGAAGGGUGUUCAAUACCUUCAGGGAUUCAUGAAGAAGAAGAGAAGACGUGCCGGAGGUAACUUUGCCAAAAGAUUCUUCAACCUCAACUUCAAAUACGCUGUGUUGGACUACUAUGCCGAUGAAACAUCCAACAAUAUUAGAGGUAACAUGCUAGUGACACAAACUGUGAUAUCUGCAGAUCCUAAGCUGCAAAUGCUCUAUCUUGACUCUGGAAUGGAACAAUGGGUGUUGAAAGCUUUAAGUCAGGAAGAUUUCGAUGUUUGGGUUCAAGCUUUCAACUAUAUAAAAAGAAGAGACAAGAAGAUACGUAUGGAGGGUACUAGCGUGGCUAUCGAUGAGCCUAUGAGUCCUUACUCUGAUCAGCUCAGCUACUUUGACGACGCUGGUGUAACUGCUGAUGAAUAUCUGGAUGCAAUUUCUGGUGGUAGAAGUCUUCAUGAUCAUGCGGCCAUUCAGAAGCAUCAUGCACAGCUUAAUGAUGCAUUUGAAUCGUUGCAGAACCUUGCUGAUAAUGCCAUGGAGCUUGCACGCUGUCAGCAGCAGGUGAUAAACCGUUUGGAGGAAUCAUCGACUUCCGCUUCUAACUCUUGUUCAGAGCCCCAUAGACGUCGUUCGAACUCGCUUUUCUGGAAGAAGGGCCACAGAAAUAGUAGUGACACUGAAUUGGCCCGAACUACUUCCAAUUCUGUUUCUGUGGGUCCAAAUCAGUUCACUCAAUCCACUGACAGUUUGCAGAGUUCCAUGACAAAGCAAGGCAAAUCACAGUCUCUUCUUUCUGUAAUUGAUCAGCUUCAAGCAGGUAUCACCGAUAUUCAUGCCGAUUGCAAUGCUUUGUUGUCACGCAUGUCCAGUAUUAAGCAUCCGCUAACUAGAACUACAACAGCUGCUACUUCAUAUAUAUCACAGGACUUCUUUGACGCCCAGGAGGUGAUUCAAGAGAUGAAUGAUUCUGUUAUGAUUGUUAGUGAUGAUGAGCGGGCCCCAGAGCAGCCUAGUAAGACAUAUGAUGAAAAGGAUAAUAUUUUUGAGACUCAACUCUCUACUCCAGUGUCGUCUACCUCUCUUUCUUCUGAUAUGGAGGAGGAUGAAGAUGAGCAGUCCAGUCAGUUGAUCAGAUCUGUCAAGCACCUUUCUGUAUUACAGGAGGAGGCUCUACCAGAAAAGCCACAUGAUAUGUAUCCCUUGACGUUUGAUUAUGAUAUUUCCUAUAGAAAGGAUGUUCCGCCAAGUGUUGCUGAGCCGCCGUCAUUGAUCUCGAUCUUUCGGAAGAGUCUCGGUAAGGAUUUGACCAGCAUCACAAUGCCUAUCGCCUCCAACGAACCUCUUUCAUUUCUGCAGAAAUAUGCAGAGAGUUACGAGUAUGCAGAUUUACUCAAUGACGCGUACAAUUCGCCAGUUGAUAACGGUGAGCGAAUUUUGAAGGUUGCAUGCUUUGCAAUCAGUUAUUUAUCAUCUUACAGGUCGAACGUUCGUAGUCUUCGUAAGCCUUUUAACCCAUUGCUUGGCGAAACAUUUGAGAUGGUCAGACCAGAGCUGGGUAUUCGUUUGAUUAGUGAGAAGGUGGUUCAUCAUCCAGUAAUAUUUGCUGCAUAUGUUGAGUCCGAGCACUGGAGCAUUGGCCAUUGUUUCUCUCCAGAGCAGAAAUACUAUGGUAAGACGGCUGAAAUCAAUAUUGACGGUAAAGUGUGCCUUCAAUAUGACCUGGGAGAAACGUACGAAUGGACCCAACCAACUACGGUUCUACGGAAUAUGAUAGCUUUCACCGGAGAGAAGUACACAGAGCCCGUUGAUAAAAUGACGGUUCGUUGCAACUCAGGUUAUAUGGCUACGGUGACCUUUGUUCCAGAGAGAUCGCAUUUCACCAAUCGCCGGUCGGAGAAAGUGGUGGUUAAAGUGACUGCACCUGAUAAUAAGAAAUUGGUGAAGACGGUAUCAGGAACGUGGACUUCGUCAAUGCAGUUUGACGAUACCGGAUAUCCUGUUUGGCAAGUGCAUAAGUUGGUUUCGGACUAUGAAAAUAAGUAUGGAUUCACAGAAUUUGCAGCCAGCUUGAAUGAUAUGACGACCAUUGAUGAGGAAUGUGCACCUACCGAUUCACGGCGUAGGCCGGAUCAAAAAAUGUAUGAGCAGGGAGAUGUUGAGCAUGCUGAGGAGCUGAAGUUGGAUCUAGAGCAGAGACAGAGAUUGAGAAGACAAGAUGAAGAUGGAGCUCCUACUGUGCAUAAUCCUGUAUUCUUUAAAAAGGCGGGGCCUGGUAGGUUAGAUUACCAAUACAUUCAGGGAGAAGAAAGCUAUUGGGAGAGAAGAAAGGGCCAGAAAUGGAAUGGGCUGAUUAAGUUGUGGUGA